AUGAAAAAUCGUGAAUCACGUCCAACUGGCUCUACUCCAUUCCCUGAAGCGAAUGUGACAUCCCAUAAUGGGAAAGAAAAAUAUCAUGCCAACAAUAGUGGUCGAGGACGUGGUCAAGGACGUGGACGUGGAAGUGGAUAUGGAUAUGGUCGAGGUUUAGGCCGAGGUGGUUCUUUCAAGAGCUCGUAUCCCCACCAGAAGUGGGACAAUAAAGAUGGUAACAAACAAGAGAAAGAUAAAAGCGAAAAUGUGACCAAUGUAUGUUAUCGAUGUGGAGGAAAAGGUCACUGGUCUCGUACAUGUCGUACACCAAAACAUCUGGUUGAGCUCUAUCAACAAUCAUUGAAGCAAAAGGGAAAGAAAGUAGAAACAAAUCUUGCGUACAAAGAUAGCGAAGGUGACUUUGAUUAUGGCGAUACAACUCACCUGGAUGUUGCUGAUUUCCUCACCACCCCUGGAGGGAAUAAUUAA